AUGUUGAAACUGAAAACAGUUGAGCAGUUUUCUCAAUUUCCUCUUGCAACUUCAGCGGAUCUCGAAGAAAGCCCAGCAUGGCGAGAGCAAAUGGAAGAAGUUGCUGCAGCCGAAAUCGAAGACGGUCUCGCUCUCGGCGAAUCGAAUGACUUUGAAGUGGAAACGGACAAAGAACUUGUCGAGUUUACCAAGAAAACGCACGGUAUGCAAGUUUACCACAAAAUUGUCAAAGUAUUGGAAGAAGAACUCGACCAACUAGGCGUUGAGCCUUUGGAAUCUCAAAUAAUUAUUGACGAAGAGCCAGAAAGCGAGCAGCAACGAAAUCGAGCCGAGUCUCUCACUGCUGAGCAGUACAGUGAUUUCAAAGCACUGACUCGGCAAGAUACCGUGGUGCCAGACCAGAUCGAAGAGCCAGAAACUCCUCGCGUCGAUGCUCCAUCCGACCCCUUCAAUUUUGAAUCCCAAUACGAAAAGCAAUUUGGAAAGGGCUUCGGAAAGUACAGUGAGUCUGAAGGCGAAGAAGAAGAAGAAGAAGAAGAAAAAUCAGAUUCAGAAAGCGCAUCAGAAGAGCAAAUUACAAAGAAGGAAGUUGAGCAAAUAAACAGAUUCCUGGACGAGGGACAAACCGUUUUCGACUUUGGAGAGUCCUUCAAGAACCCAGAAAUCCUUUGCUCGAUUCUAAAGAACAUAAAAACGUCACUCGAAUUAGAGCGGGGCCGGAAGAUCGUUGUCGAUCAAAAUGCGAGCGACCCUUUUGACAUUAUCAGCUCCCAUUUGGACGCACUUGGAGCCCAAGAAAGACACGAGCUGAAUCUUUUAACCACCCCGGAAGCUCUUUUCGGUGGUUUUGAAACGCAGAAUGUCAUGAUUUUACUGAUGCUCAAGGAAUUCUAUGAAAGUGAGCCAACUCCGAGGUCCAGCUUAACUAGGUCAUCAUCUCUAUCUCUUUCCUCCGAUGAAGAUACCAAAGCAGCUUAUGAUCAGCCAGACAGCUCCACUCCCAGCUCGAGAAUGUCCAGUGAAUUGGAUAGCGAGGCCAGUUCGAUGAAAGAGGAGGAUCCAAGCCCGCGAGGGCCCAGACCGGAAGGAAAAGAUGUCGAUUCACCGCGAGAACGUUCACCCACGCCGGACUCGUUGAAUUUUGAGGGUCAAGAGAGAGAAGCCUCUGCUACUGAUUUAGAAGUGAAAAACGAAGAAACCACGAACCAGACUGAUCUUGAUUCCCAUAAAAUAGAGGAUGAUAGCCUUAGAGGCCCUCGACCACAACCUCCCGUUAUCGAAGAAAAAGAAAAUUGCCCAGAUAGCCGCUCUAAACUAUUUAUUUUGUCGGCAAUUUUUUUCUUUGCACUUCAUUCUCCUUCUGAAUAA